AUGUCGGAAAGCAGAUCCGCCGGGCUAGAGAAGCCCAAGCCCAAGCACAAGCACAAGCACAAGCACAAGCACAAGCACAGGCAGAAGCACAGGCACAGGCACAGGCACAGACUCAAGCUCAAGCUCAAGCUCAGACUCAGGCUCAGACUCAGGCGCACACACACACACACACACGCAUACACACACACACACACACAAACAGACGCUCUGGCAGCGCCUCCUCUACCGGAGGCAGAAGAAGCAGAAGCAGAAGAAGAAGUAGAAGAAGAAGAAGAAGAGGAUGAUGAUGAUAUGGCAGGAUGGGGGGUGCCCGUGUCAAUCUGGAGAGGAGUUGAUGAUAACAAGAGUGGAAUAUAUGGAGGCAGAGGGCAAUCGGAAGGACUACCUACUCUUUUCAACACUUUCACAAUGGCCCCUAAACGCACUGCAUCCACUCUCCCCACCCCCCUGCGCCGAAGCAAGAGACAGCAUCAGCCUGAAGAGCCCACCAACUCUUCCGCCAAUGAAGAUGCUGCGCCCCCCACUGAAUUCUCCGAGUCCCAACCAGAAGAUGGGGACUACGAAGAAGAAGAAAUGUCCGAAGAGACGGAUGUCGAAGAGACGGACGUCAAAGAGACAGACGUCGAGGACACAGAUGUCGAAGACACAGACGUCGACAUGGACGAGGAGGAUGAGGGGCUUAGUUCUGAGCUGGAAGCCGUCGAAGACGAAAUGGAGGCUCAAGAGGCCCAAGAGACGGAUUCAGAAGACAAAUAUCGCCAACGCCAAGAGAUUCUAGAAAGGCGCCAAAAGGUUCUUCAGCAGAUGAACCUUCCAUCCGACCUUUUUGAGCGGCCAGAUGUCGAUUGGCUUGACACUCUUUUGGAAGUGUCAGAAGCCUCCGCUGAUAUGAAAGCGGCAAUUGGAAAGUUUGCCAUUCGACUUGGAAAGAAAGUGUACCCGCAAUCCCUUGUCGACGUCACAGAUUAUCGGAAUGACAUCGACAAAGCGUGGUGGCACUCCCACUGCCAAGAAAUGGAUAAGGCGUGGGAAGAAUACUUGGAAGAAUUGGCCAACAUUCUGGGCGAAGAGACUGACUUCGACAUAUCCACCUUGUCCAAGCCAUCUGGGCCGUUUGGUGCCGUCCUCCACAUGCAGUGGCACUAUCCUACAUGGAAGACUGCGGGCUCAAACUUCAACUUCGGCCACGUUAUGGACCCUGGAAACCCAAGUCUCCGGCAGCAGGAGAAGAAGAUCGGGCAUACGCCAGACGUAUGCACCUCCGACAUGAUCCCGAUCCGCGAAGACUCCAAGUAUCCAAAAUGGGAGACUGUCUUCGGCACCGCAAAAUGGUCAGCUAUACAGAAGCUUAGCAUAGACUUCAAUUACGCUAUAAUGAAGUCUUCACCUCUUGUGGUCCUUGUCGGAAAGGCAUGCUUUGACGCCUUUGAGAAAGAGCUCCGACAAGAUAGCUCAAUACGGCUCAUCAAAGUCUUGCUUGGGGUAUCAACGAAGAUCUUAGCCCAAAAUCCCUUCUUCUAUGCCGUUAAAGAUCGAGAAAGCGAUCAACUUCGGCAAUUAGUCUUUAUCUCCCCCCACGGCAGCCGAUUUGUGCUUGGGAGCUCGCCUAAGGAGGCCAUCUAUGCGGAUCUAGUUUGGAACGCCGCCGCCGCUAUUGCACGUAUCGACAUUGCGAGCCCAGAUCAUUUUUCAUGGGUUUCGGCAAAAAUGAAUACGAACUUCGCCAAAGGCAUUGAGGUUCGACGUGCACAAGGCUUCCAUGAACUGGAACCGGGCCGUGAGACUCAGCGAGCAAACGGCUAUCCAUCACUGGUCAGGGGUCGCGAAACUCGUCGGAAAAAAGGUUUCCCGGAGCUCAAGAGAAACCUCGAGGCUCGGCGUAAGGCAGGCUUCCCUGAACUGAAAAAGGGACGCGCCAUUAUGGCGGCUCUAGGCUAUCCCAACCUUGCCAAAGGUCGUCAGAUUCUCAAAGACCUAGGCCAUCCCAACCUUGCCAAAGCUCGCGAGGUGAUGCGAGCGAGAGGCCCUCGACAACCCAAAGAAGCAACAAAAGCCUUGCAAGACAAAUGUGAGGCCCAGAGGCUUGCCAGGUCUCGUGCUCUCCUCCGCAGCUUUGAUGUAAGGUAUCUUCUCCGCCACGAGUUGUCCUACUUCAACGAUGACGACAAUGCAAAGAACACGUACGACUUCUUUGCUGCGCUUCGUGGGUGGCCAAACGUAUGGGCAACUUUUGGUCCCAGAAGAAGAGCUGGCUACAGGCAGCAGAUUAGGAAAGCCCAUGGAUACUUUACGGCUUUGCGCGAGUCUCUGGAAGGCCUUCGCCAGACGCGAACCGAAGAUGGCAAACGGAUCAGUCACACGGCUGAACAACGGAAAUUCGCAAUCUGGUACGAUAAGGAUAACCACCCUUAUGGCUUGCGCUGGGAAGGGGAUGGAGGACCAAGUGGCGGCGAUACGGACCCAAAUAUUGCCAUUUCGAUCUUCUGGCACACCGAGACCAGACUGUUAAGGGAUCAGAAUGUCUUCGCCCAAGUCAUUCGUGAUGCCAUCCAACGCGGUCAUACUGCCAGCGUCAGCCUGGAUGACGGGGAGGACGGCAACAGCGACAACGGCAACGGCAGCGAAGCUUCUUUCCGUACUGCCAACUCUCUCCAGGGGACUUCCGGCCAGGAGGAGGAGGAGGAGGAGGAGGAGGAGGAAGAGGAAGAAGAUGGGAAUAGGGCAGAGUCCUCUCCCAGCGUACCCCUCGAAAUUCCCGACUCUGAUUCCGAUCAAGAAGACGGGAAUAGGACAGAACGCCCUCCAAGCUUGCCUGUCGAAAUCCCCGAUUCAGAUUUCGACCUAGAAGACGGGAAUGGGACACAGAUCCCUACAAGCUUGCCGUAA